GCUUUGCGGCAGCCGGCGGUGAGAGCGAGGGCGUCGCGUGCGGGGGACUGAGGCAGGAGCUGGCACCUUAGGGGCCGCCCGGAGGAGCCUCACGCGGCCCGGCGGGGAAGCCGCAGCGUCCCCCCCCCCUUCCCGCCGCCUAUGGUGCCCCCCACCGCGCCGUGAGGUGAGGCGGGCGGAGCUGGGGGCCGGCCCCCGCGGCGGAGCAGGGCGCCCCAGGAUGAAGCUGACCACUCAGGCCUACUGCAAGAUGGUGCUGCACGGAGCCAAGUACCCGCACUGCGCCGUCAACGGGCUGCUGGUGGCCGAAAAGCAGCCGCCCCCGCCCCGCAAGGACCAGCAGCCCCACGGGCAGCCGCAGCCCCACACCCUGUUCGUGGACUGCAUCCCCCUCUUCCACGGCACCCUGGCCCUGGCCCCCAUGCUGGAGGUGGCGCUGACGCUGAUUGAUUCUUGGUGCAAAGAGAAUAGUUACGUGAUAGCUGGAUAUUAUCAGGCUAACGAGCGUGUGAAAGAUGCCAGUCCAAACCAGGUCGCUGAAAAGGUAGCCUCCAGGAUUGCAGAGGGCUUUAGUGACCCAGCACUCAUAAUGGUGGAUAACACUAAAUUUACGAUGGAGUGCGCAGAACCUGCCAUUCAUGUGUAUGAGCAUCAUGAAAACAAAUGGAGAUGCAAAGACCCACAUUUUGAUUAUUGUGAAGACUGGUCUGAAGCCCAGAGGAUCGCCGUAUCUCUCUUGGACAGCAAAUCCUACGAAACCCUUGUGGAUUUCGAUAAUCACCUAGAUGACAUCCGGAAUGACUGGACAAACCCAGAGAUCAACAAAGCUGUCCUACACCUAUGUUAGGGAGGCUUCCACUGACUGAUUUAUGGGCAUUUCCACUAUGUUGAAGAUACUUUAAAAAAAUAUUUUUGAAUGUAAAUAGAGUUAUCUUCAGUACAUUCUGGGGAACGCCAACAGCAGAUUUAAAAAGAACGGCAUGUCACUUGGAAAAGGUAACGUGCCCAUAAGCAGUCAAAUCUUUUUAAUGAGAAUCCUUAGAAGAAAUACAAACUGUCAGUUAUAGCCAUCCUUGUGGAUUCCUUCCCAGUUGUAGUGAUUGUUGCUAUAACCUUUAAAACCAGAACUACUUCUGCUUGUCCAAAUUGUUCAUAUUAAAAAGUUUUGACUAACCUUUUAUAAUCUUUAGAGAGAGUAAUUUUUAAAGAUUUAUGAAAUAUCUUUCAAAAAUGAAUCUUGUCCUUAGAUGAGAUGUUUUUAAACUCUUUAAGUCACAAAUGUAUAAACAAAAUCCAGUGGUAACUGGUCUUUUGACCUGGUUCUUAACUGGCAUUAUUAUUGAUGCAGUAGAAUAAUGCUAACUGCUAAAGAUUGUACUCUGUGCACAUAUUACAUUUGUUCUGCAGCAGUUUAGCAUAUCAUAGCUACAGAAUAACAUAUACUGAAAGCAAUAUUUCAAAUGCUGCAGAGAUUCCCAACCACACUGGGACUACAAACAGUUACAGAAAUAGUUACAACCAAGGCCAAAACAAAUCUUAACUUUAUGGUUUGUGAAGGACUUAGAGCACAGUAACGGUUUUGAAUCCGCUACAAGGCUCUGUAGGAGUUGAGAAAACAAGAGAAGAGUAAAAUGCCAUCUUGAUUAUAUGCAAUCUUUCUAUCUGGAUUUUAAACAGAUACUCUUAAUUCUGAGCUGAUUCGCACAUCCAUUCAAAUAGGACUGAAAUGUACCUAUCUGUAAAUUAAAGGCGACUGAUCUGUCUUUAGCAUAUGACUCAAAGGAACCUUGAAACACUCUAGUUCAUCUUAAAUCUAUCUGUUUAUCUAAUUAAUAUCUGUUUCUAACAAAAGCUUACCAGUUGAUGGGGAAGCUUUAUAGCAGAAUUUCUUUUGUCAUUUUUAUAUGUAUUAUUUUGUACCAAGUACACCAAAGGCAUUGUACCUUACCUUCUGUCUCUUUCUUUUAGCUGUGUUACUAUAGAACUUGUAACAACUUAACCUGGGGAACCUAAUGAACUUGAGAGGAUACAUUUUAUAUCAUUCAACACUUUUUAACGGUAACAACAAAUGAAAGGAAAAUGCUUUAGCUGACUGCUAUUGUAGCUUGUCCCCCACCAUCUGAAAAUAAACUUGAUGACAUGGGGAAUGUCAAUCAGA